AUGCAAGUCGUGAUGCUUUUUUUUUCUUUCUCUCUCUGUCCUUUUCUUUCUUUUUCAAUUUAUUUUUUUCUUUCUCUCUCUUUCUCUUUCUAUCUUUCUCAUUUCUCUCUUUUCAUCUUUCCCUAUCUUCUCUCUUCAUUUUUCUCUUUAUAUUUUCUCUCUCUCUCUGUCCUUAUUCUUUCUCUUUCUCUCUCUCUAUCUCUUUUAUUUUCUGAAAUUUUCUCUCUGGGAUCCUUUUCUUUUCUCUCUCUCUCUGUAUCUAUUUCUCUUUUCUCUCUCUCUUUCUCUUUCUCUCUAUUUCUCUCUCUCUCUCUUUUUUUAUCUCUUUCUCUUUCUCUCUCUGAUUUUCUUUUUCUCUCUCUUUCAUCUCAAAUGAUCCAAAUCUUUCUCUCUCUUUCCUUUUUUUUCUUUCUCUCUUCUUUUUUAUCUUUUCUCUCUCUCUCUUCUCUUUUCUUUUCUUUUUUUCUCUUUCUCUCUUUUUCUUUCUCUCUCUCUCUCUCUUUUCUUUCUCUCUCUCUGAAAUCCUUAUUUUCUUCUCUCUCUCUCUCUUUCUUUCUUUUUCUCUCAUUUUUCUUUCUCUCUCUUCUUUUUUCUCUUCUUUUUUUCUCUCUUUCUUUUUUUCUCCUCUGUUUUUUCUCUUUUUUUUUUUUCUCUCUUUUUUCUUUUUUCUCAUUUUUUUCUCUCUUUCUCUCUCUCUCAUAA